AUGGGGUUCCUGAGAAAAGGCAGUAGUAUCCAGAAGAAAGCAAGUUUCAAAGGCAUCCAGCAUGAGGAUGGUCAUACCGCGACCAGCCAGACUACUAAGAAGAGUAGGGACACGAAAGCCGGGGCAGGUACAAGCCAUCCCAGAAUCCGACCAAACCCACAGCCCAACCGCGACUCCGCGAGGAGCUUGGCAGCGUACGCGGCCGGAGGCGGGGCUUGUCGUCAGGAGGGGGCGCCUGUCGCCCGGGGGCGGGGCCUAUCUCCUGGAGGCGGGGCCUGUCGCCCGGGGAAAGCACCUGCUGGCUGCGCACGCUUCCCGGCCGGCGUUUCAGUUGAGCGGCUGCUGGCAGACGCUCUGACCCGUUACCUCCCUCGGACGUCAGUGGCGGGAAAGGGGUCUCUGAGGCUCCGGGCACCGAGGGCCCUUGCGAUAGUGUGGCCGCGGCUAGGCCAGACCAGGUGCAGGGGCGAGUCCCCGGUCGCCCUUUGCGAAGCCGCCGCGGGCUUCAGCAACAGUGACUAUGGUUCGGGUGGGUUGCACCGGCCCGGGCGGGCCUCGGGGCCCGGGCCCGACCGGCCGUUGCCAGCCCAAGCCCCCUACAGCUGCAGGGCCUUUGAAGAAUAUGCAGAAUGUGAAAAUGCCAAGCUUCUGAAGGCAUUUGGUUCCUUGCCCAAGGAUAGAGGCAGAUAUCAAGGGAGCCUGAGAAUGUUUGUGACCCCUCCAGCCAGCAGUAGUGGUAAUAAGACAUCCUCUUGAUGGACAUUUAAGAAGAGAAACAGCAGAAUGUGGCUGAGAAAUGCAGAGCAUUUGGGAGCAGCAGGACCUGAGGGCUGCCCGCUUCUGCUGCAGAGACACCACAGCUGACAGCCCCGGCUGCUCCAGGCUCGUGAACUACUCCAGAGCUAUUCAUGGGACCUGAGUGGCCAUGAGCCCUGACUGUGACACCAGAGAUGCUCGCUGUCAUCUGCCUUUGCUUCCUCAUGGUGCCUUGCCCCAUCCCAUGUCAACAUGUCUCUCUGAUGCUUAAAAAGUGUGCUUUUACUUAUUCAGUAAACACUAGAAUUUGGGUUAUUUGCCAAACCCCUGAGCAAUGCUGGGAACAUAACAGUGAAGCCAAACAGACCUCCAUGGAAUUAGGGUGUAGUUGGAGGAGAGAUGCAAAUCAGACCAUUCCGAUGUAUAGAAUGGGGAAAUGAAAGGACUAUGAAAGAACAGGCUGCUAGGAGGUCGAGUCACUGGACAAGUGGGGAGACCUUCGUUGCCUUGUGCGUUCAGAAUUCCCACCCAAGCUGCGAACUGUAGGAGGGGAAAGAGCAGGUAUGUAACAGUUACGGUGAGGGGAACUAGUAUUCUGGACAGAGGAAACAGCAUGCGUGAGGACCUCAAGAUGCUGUGAACCUUAUCGCUCUGGUGAACAGAGUGAGAGGACAGUGGCUAGAGAAGAGAAAGCGGAGAGAAUGGCUAGAUGAGUUUGCAGAGGUAAAUGGAGGCCAAAUCACACAAUUAUGUAAAUUAUGAUAGGAUUUUGUCUUUUUUUCCUAAGCAGUCUCACCAUUGAAAUGUUUUGAGCUGAAAAAUCAGGUUAGUUUUCACCCUGGCUGUGGUACUGGAAAUGGAUUAGAGGAAGAGACAAGAGAGGGAUUGGAAAGAAUAGUAAUCAGGGAAGGGCCAGUCAUUUCUAUAGCUAUUUAAAUGAGGCAAUUGCAGAAUCUGAUGGACAAUUUGUAACCUUGACUGACUACUAGUUAGCAUUCUCUGGUUUUGAAAUGACUGUCCAUCUUCUUCACCCUUCCAUAUGGGUUCCUAUGUUUAUCACAGGUAAACUUUUGGACAGUGGUCAUGUCUGAGUUACGAGGUAAAAUCUUUGCUCUUCCCAAAGUACUAAAGCCACAGUUAUGAAAGGACCAAGCAAAUAAUGGGUGCUUACUAUGAGCCAGGCACUGUAGCAGGCACUGGCAUAUGGGGUGAGUAAAAAGUCCCUACUGUAGUGGAACUUACUGUACUGAGAGUAAAUAUUAAGUCUUGCAAGUGUGAUUACAAACUGAGAUAAUCAUGUCAACUUGUCUUGUUAUCCACUAACAAAAAUCUUAAGGUAACACUCUUCAUGGCUCCCAGACCCAGGGCUACCUGGUAUGAUUGUGCAAUUUGAGUGUUGCACAAAGAUACCUGGCUAAGGAAGCUAACAGGGUUGAAAACUCUGCCAGAAUUUCCCUUGGCAACCCAAACAAGGGUUGUGCAAGGCUACAACUGCCUAGAGGAAAGAAAGGUACCUUUUUCUUUGGUACCAAAGUGUCCUAGAGGUCAGCAUGCUCUUCCUCUCAGAAGGGAAUUCCUUAUUCUCAAGAUGGAAUGGCAGGCUCUUGCUCAUAAACGUGUAGCUGCCUUGAGCACAGAAAUGCAUGUGAGGUGAAUGUCAUAGCAUGAGUGGGUGCCAUUGGAAGCUAAGAAAAGAAUGGAGUCUAAAGAAGGCUUAGGACAUGGGUAUUAAGAAUGUAAUUUUUUAAGAACAGAGCCUACAUCCGCAGGACUUAGAGCAGUGUUACACACAGCUAAGCCAAGUGGGUAAAGACAACCUCGUGGUGGGACAAUGGAGGAAAUAACCUGCCUGUGCAUCAGGAAGGUGGUUGUGUUUUGUGGACUGUGUACGCAUCACACUGGGGAAAGCUAUGGGAGAGGAAAAGGGGUCACCUAUAAAAUCAUGGAUUGUUUUCUGUUUGCUGCCCCUGGCUAAUUAAACAAAGCUUCACUCCCUUAAUAUUAACAUUUUGGUCUCAGUUUUUAAAUCAUACACUCUCAGCUCAUGGGAGUGGUUCUGCUUCUGGGGAGAAUCACGCCAGAAGAAACCCAGAAACAUAAAGCAAAGGAUGAGGAGCCAGGUGUCUUGGAGUCCUGGCUCUUCCUAGCGGUUGUAUGAUCUUGGACAGGUGGAGAAAACCUCUCUGAGUCUUCAUUGUUUCAUCUGAAAUUAGGAGGUUGCCUUUCUCACUGGGUUAUAAGCCUCAAAAGAUACUGAGAUAAAACUUUGUGAACUGAAAGGAAGUAAAAUCCUCCUUUUUGUCUUGAAAUGCCAAGUUUCCAAGUUUUAGAUGCCUGCCCCUGAGCUGGGUUGAGCUGUGUGGGUUGGCUCAACCUCUGUGUUGCAGGGGUCCAUUUCUGAGGAUGGGUCUGGGCUCAUCUGUCUUCUGGCUGCGUCAAGGGUGUUUGACUACACUCUAGCGUUGAUGACUGGAAAAGGUUUAAUUUGUCAUACAGACCCAAGACAACAGGUAGCUUCCUGAUUCAGACAGAUUAUGUUCUGACCAUAGGACAUCUGUCUCCUAAUGGAAUCCAUGGUUAGUUGAGAUCUUUUUUCCUUUCAUGGGGACUAUAAAGUCAAGGUAACGCUCAGGCACCAACACCACCCUUAACAGAUGCAUGAGGGAGCUCCCCUCCCCUUUGUUGCUAGCUUGUUGGGCAUCACAGCCCAUACAGGACUGGUUCACUGCUCCUCAGGCUCAGUCUCUCACUUGCCCUCCCUCUGACAGCUAUUUUGAGUUAGUGAUGAUCAUAGAAAACAGUGGGGAAGGUAAGUAAAAGCAUCUAUAUCAGCCUUUUUUUCCCUCUCUGUUGGUCAUUACUAAAACAAUAGCAGCCACAAUGAAGUUUAAUCCCUCUAACUUCUGACUAGAGCAAGAAUCUUAAAAGGCAUUUCCGUGCAACUUCCCACAUGCAUAGGAAGAUUGCUUUCCCCUCUUUCCAAGUUGUUAAGAUGGACGUAUAAUGUACAAUCCAUGCCCAGCCGAAAAGGAUGUUGAGUUCAGUUUGUGUGAGGACGCUAUAAAGGUCAACAAGCUAGCAAGAUAGUCCGGGUGAGAGGAAAUGUGUCCUUCACAAUGAACAAGUACAGCAGAAGGCUAAUGACGUCACUGUGCAUGUGGGCGUUUAUGUAGCAAGGUGGUUAUCCCCAGGCCAGGACUGGACCAAAACUACAAAAAAAUCCUUGAAAGCAAAGCCAAACCGAAGGAAGAUCUCUCAGUGUCUUUGUGAAGACCCACAGGGAGGUUUCUCUAUCUCCACACCAAAAAUGAUUUUGAUUCUUAUGAAUGACAGCUUUCUCUAUGUUGUGGAGACCUUGAUCUAAUAACAUAUCAAGUUCCUUAU